AUGGCGCCAUAUCUCAGGCUUGCUCUUGCGGCUCUCCCGCUGCUCCAGAGUGUGUUUGGUGCCAAAGCGCACGCAGCCUCACCGACUGCUAAGGUCAAGAACGGAACGUAUGAAGGCAAAUAUGUGGCUUCAUAUGAUCAAGAUCUUUUUCUUGGCAUUCCCUACGCACAGGCUCCUGUUGGAAAUCUCCGCCUCCAGAAUCCUCAGAACUUGAAUACCACAUUUAAAAAACGAAGUGCCACCGAUUAUGCUGAUUCUUGUGUCGGUUAUGGGAACAGCGCCGCGUGGCCCUUCACCCUGAGCGAAGACUGCCUGACCUUAAACAUCGUCAAGCCCGCCAGCUCUAAGCGCAGCAACAAGGAUAAACUCCUCCCCGUCGGUGUGUUCAUUCAUGGCGGAGGCUGGUCCCAGGACUACAGCGCAAACGGGGUCUACAAUUUAAGCUUCAUUGUUGAGGAAUCUGUUAACGCUGGGAAACCAUUCAUCGGUGUUUCCGUGGACUAUCGCCUUUCUUUUUGGGGGUUCAUGGCUUCCCAGGAUAUCCUUGAUGCCGGCGUCGCCAAUCUUGGUCUCAAGGACCAGCGACUCGCCUUGCAUUGGAUCAAUGAGAACAUCAAGGCGUUUGGCGGAGAUCCCAAAAAGGUUACCAUCUGGGGCGAGAGCGCUGGCGGCGGAAACGUCGGCUACCACGCCACUGCUUUCGGUGGUCGUGAUGAUGGCCUCUUUCGUGGCAUUAUUGCGGAAUCCGGUGCUGAAGGCACUGAUAUAAAGAAUCUCACAGCGCCCCAGCAACGCUAUGACACCGUUGUAAAGGCGGUUGGAUGUGACUCCGAGGUUGACAAGCUUGCAUGCUUGCGCAAGGUGCCAUUCAAUGAGCUCAAUGCCACAAUCACCAAGAUUUCUGGCGGCUUUUACCCAGUUGUGGAUGGAGAUCUUGUCCCGGAUCUAUCGUCCACGCUACUUGCCAACGGUAACUUCACUAAAACGCCCAUCUUGCUCGGCACGAAUACGGAUGAGGGCACGCUUUUUACCAGCACAGAUAUCAGCACAGACAAGCAGAUUGAAAGUAUCAUCCGAGCAGCUGGGCCAGAUGACAGCACGACCAAAAUUCUCAUGGCACUGUAUCCCAACGUCGAUUCACUUGGCCUGCCAACCGACUACCGCGUGACAGCUACUAGUCCGGUCGGGGCUCAGUAUAAACGCGCAGUUGCUUUAAAUACUGAUCAGUUGUUCCUCGCAUGGAGGCGCAUCAGGACUGAUGCAUGGUUCAACCAUGGAGUUCCAGCGUAUUCUUACCUGUUCGAAUCCCCUCUCACCUCUCGGGAGUAUAUGGGAACCACCCACUUCACAGAGAUUGGUUACGUUUUCUACAACAGACUUGGCCUAGGAUACGCUGCCGCCAUUAACCCUCUUGCGAAUGCUAGCAAGGAUGUGCUGGCUUUGGCGAAGCUCACCACCCGCAUGUGGAUAAGCUUUAUUCAUGACCUCGAUCCCAAUAACCACGGAAUCCGGGGUGUCGAUAAGUGGCCGGUCUAUAAUGCCACUGGCGGCUACGGGAAGAACUUCCACCUGACACCCAAGACAUUUGGCGUGACUCCUGAUACCUUCCGACUUGCAGGAACCACCUUCAUAAACUCUGUCGCCCUAGAACAGUAUGGGAGAUGA